AUGCCUAAGGCCGCAGUUAAGAGCAAGGCCGAGCCCAAGGUGAAGAGGGGGCGGGGCAAGAAGGACCCCAACGCUCCCAAGCGUGGUCUUUCGGCGUACAUGUUCUUUGCCAACGAGCAGAGAGAGAACGUGCGCGAGGAGAACCCUGGUGUUUCCUUCGGCCAGGUUGGCAAGAUCCUCGGUGAGCGAUGGAAGGCUCUCAGCGACAAGCAGCGUGCCCCGUAUGAGGCCAAGGCUGCCGCCGACAAGAAGCGUUAUGAGGAUGAGAAGCAGGCGUACAACGCCGACGGCGACGAGGAGGAGUCGUCCUAAAUACACUCUUUUCUCGCCGACUCGUUGCGCUCGCGGCAACUAGUCUUGAAAAAACAAACAUAUCCAGUCAAUGCAAAGGCGGUGCGACUUGCUCGGCGCCUUUUUUUAAACCAUGUAUCUUUGGGUUGGGACGGUGUUGCUUGGGGCACGGCCAUGGGAUUUCAGUGCUUCUCUUUUUAUUUUUCAGUUAUUUUCCGGCAUGGUUUUGCGCGAGGUUUUGCUAUGAUCAAAGGAAUCGUUCAGGGAGAGGGAAUCUUACAGAUGACUUCUUUUGGGCUGGGGGGCCGCAUGGGUCCAUGGGGGGUGUGAUGCUGGCCCCUUAAGCUACUACCUACACAUGUAUAACAAAUAUUCAAGGUUUCCUUUUCUCAUCUCCUGGGCCUCGAGACAACAAUGAGCCUUUUACAUAAUAUCAUGUCCCCCAAUUGUAAGCAUGUUUUUUGCAGUGGUUCCCCAACAUAAUCUGGGGCCGCAGUCGACAACCUGGGACGUAUGGCCAAACCAUUGUUCGGG